UUCAAUAAUUUGGUCCAUGCUCUGUUCUCUUUGAUGGUUAAUCGCUCUGUUUAUUGCAUCAGAGUUGUAUGAAAGUGUUUGAACAGAACAAAUUACAUGUGGGAUUUGGUAUGAAUAGUAAAGUCGAGUGAGUGAGACAUGGAAGGAUACAGAGUGAUUGGAACUGAUGAUAUGGGAGAGUUUUUGUCUGUAGAGGGAGUGGGUGGGUGGGAGCAAGAAGAAAGAAAGGGAAGGAAUGUGCAUGCGCAUGGGCAUAAAUUCCGUUCCCUCCCUGUUCCUGUCUGAUGAGAAAGAAAGAUUUUCCCACAAACAGAAAAAAUAUAUAUUGUAGAGAACAUAUAUCAUCAUCUUCUUUCACUUCAUUAUGCCUGCAAUCAUGAUUCUUGGUUGCCUCACAUCCGCAUGCCCCUUCUCUCUCCCCCCCACUCCCCCCCACAACCACCUAUAAAUCCCAUCUACUCUCCCCUUCUCUCUCUCACUCACCUGUAGUACUUGCUCCCAAAAUUCCCUCUCUCAAAACUCCUCCUCCUCUGUUUCAGCGACCCACAUAGUCAUUUCAUCAAAUACUUUGUGUGCAAAUGGCUGUGCCUGGAUUCGAAGGCUUUGAGAAGCGCCUAGAGCUUCAUUUCUUCGGUGAUGACCCAGUUUCCGACAUGGGUCUUAGGCUGAUUAAUAUGGAGUCAUUAGAGAAGGUGUUGAAUGCUGUGCAAUGCACUGUUGUAUCCUCUGUUGGGAACCAGUUUUUUGAUGCCUAUGUGUUAUCAGAGUCAAGCCUAUUCAUCUACCCCACCAAGAUCAUCAUCAAGACUUGUGGGACUACUCAGCUCCUCAAAUCAAUCCGGCCAUUGAUACACUAUGCCUUCAAUCUUGGCCUCACUUUGUGUUCCUGUAGAUACACCAGAGGCAGCUUCAUUUUUCCCAAAUCACAACCCUCCCCUCACUCGAGCUUCAAAGAAGAAGUCAUUUACCUUGAAGAAACUCUCCCUUCAAAUCUCUGUUACAGAAAAGCCUCCGUUAUGCUCUCCAAAUUGUCCAAUCAUAAUUGGCAUGUUUUCACUGCUGGUGACCAAGAAAUCCCAAUUGAUCAAACUUUGUUCACGAUUGAGGUCUGUAUGACUGAGCUCGACCGUGUUUUAGCCCGCAAAUUCUUCCGACGUCCCGAUGACGACAAAAACAGCGACGCUGCCGGACAAGAAAUGACGGAACUGACCGGAAUCGACAACAUAAUUCCGGGAGCAAUCAUUUGUGAUUUUGGGUUCGAUCCUUGUGGGUACUCGAUGAAUGGUAUUCACGACGGAGAUCGCUACUCCACAAUCCAUGUAACCCCGGAAGACGGUUUUAGCUACGCGAGUUUCGAAUGUGUGGGCUCCAUCUACGAUGACAUGGACGAAUUCUCUGAGACUUUAAAGAAGGCGGUGCAGGUUUUCCGGCCGGCGACCCUGUCCGUUUCGACAACGUCUAGUUCUCACGAGGUGUGGACACGCGUCGCAAAUGCAAUCGAGCCACUUGGCUUCAAAUGCCGUAGCUUUGCCGUCGACGAGUUCCCAGCAGCGGGGAGUGUGGUGUUUCAGACCUUCACGAGCCGCCGGAAGCAUGCGGAGCACGGUGGUGGCAGAUACAUACACUGGGGUUAGUUGGACAAUUUUGGGGCGGGUGAUCAUAAAACUUGAAAAGAAAAAAAAAAGAAAAAAGAAGAAGAAGGUGAUGAUGUGGAGGGAUUUGAUUGGUUAAGGAUGGUGAUGAAUGUUGGGGUUGACUUGUGUAGAAAGAUAAGAAGAUUAGGAAGGGGAAGAUGGGAAGGUAUCAAAUUAAAAAGGGUGGGAAUGGGAUUGGGGGUCAGGGGAUCUAUCAAUGAUAAUGCACCCCACUUAGGCUUGUCACGCCUAAAAGAGUUUUUGAGGCUUUUUUUUUUGUUGUGUAAUUGUGGGGGAAAUGUGAUCAUGGUUUUUCAAGGUUUAUAUCAACUUAAUUUCUCUUAUUUUAGCAA